UGACUUCGCUAAAUCGCCAAAAGUCAAAACGUAGAGAGAUUUUUUUCGUAUUUUAACUUGGAACUUCACACGUCCAUUGUGUUUUUCAUACUUCCCGGGAUACUUGCAAAUUUAUAAAACUAAAGACCUAACCGACUUCAGCAAUGUUUUCUCUGAGCCUGUUCAACGAUAUCCUACGUCCUUUCAACGUGACCUACAGAUGUUGGUCGGUGUCCAUGUUGCCGGGCAGCGAGCGUGAAGACGUGGAACGCGGAGGAAAAAUCAUAAUGCCGCCAUCGGCUCUGGACGCUUUGACACGUUUGAAUAUUAACUACCCAAUGUUGUUCAAACUGUCGAAUAAGAAAAACAAUAGAGUCACGCAUUGCGGAGUGUUGGAGUUUAUAGCGGACGAAGAAAAAGUCUACAUUCCGUAUUGGAUGAUGAAAAACUUAUUGCUCGACGAAGGCGAUAUGGUUCAGGUUGAAAGCGUAUCGUUGGAAGUGGCGACUUUCUCAAAGUUCCAACCGCAAAAUUCCGAAUUUCUCGACAUAACCAACCCGAAGGCCGUUCUGGAAAAUUGUCUUCGGAAUUUCGCUUGCUUAACGACUGGCGACGUAAUCGCCAUCAAGUACAAUCAGAAAAUAUACGAGAUGUGUGUGUUGGAGACGAAACCCGGCAGCGCCGUCAGCAUCAUCGAGUGCGACAUGAACGUCGAGUUCGCCGCGCCGGUCGGCUACCAGGAGCCGGAAAAACCAAAAAAACAAGUCGCCGAAGAAAUGAUGGUAGAUCCGGCAGAUUUAAUGCCGGAACCGGCCGGUUUCAUAGCCUUCAAAGGCUCCGGUAACAGAUUGGACGGUAAAAAGAAAAAAGAAAAUGCCGACGACCAAUCGAAUCAAGUGGUCCGAGUAGCGUACCAAAGAGGCAUACCGGAUUACGAUUACACCAUUGGAACGAUUCAGUUUCUACGUAACAUUCGUUCGGUGACGAGUGAGAAAGAGACCGAAGAAAACGUGUUCAAACCGUUUGCGGGUUCGGGAUCGGUACUGAAGACGAAAACAAAAAAAUAACGUAUCAUCCGCGUUACUACUCGUUGUACUUUUAUUCCACACACCCAUUCAAUACACGUCUUGUAAAUAAUUAUUAUGUUAUGUAAAUACUGAUUCUGAAUAAAUGAAAGAUAUAUUUAUGAUAAUAAAACGUUUGGUAAAACUAGAAUGG